GAUGGCUGCUGCUGCAGCCUUACCCACAGCAGCAGCGACGAAGGCGACCACUUAUAUUCCGUCAAAGCAGAAGGCGGAACCGAGGAACGGAAUUCAAGAAAACAUGGCGGUGUUGAGCCGCAGUUUCCAGUUCGCUGAGCAGUAGCAUCAGCGGCGAAAACCCCCGGACGAAUUGCUACAACGGUGUACAGUUCUGUGGACGUGUUUUUCGUGAGGAUAAUCGUGUUUGAGCUUCGGGGUCCGCACUCCCCGCUAGUCUGCGACCGUUCGAAACGAUCUGGAUCUCCGGGUCCGAUUGCAGCUCGAAGCUGAAAAUCUGAAAAGCGUCACGGGUCGGGUAACCCUUCGUUAGGAGAGAUGCUUAUCGUUUGAUAUGGACAACCCGUCGGAAAACCCUUCGGACGGGGCUGGUCAACAGUACUGCUGCCAAACGUCUCAAGUUCGCCUCGAGAAUGUUCCCUCUUCUUCGAGAGCUCAACUUGCACAUCCGCACCAGCCCUCUUUGUUCUCGGCGGAAAGUUUCAACGAGGCCCAACGUCAGCUGGGCCUCGCAACUGGAUCACAAUUGUGUCACAAUGCGGCAACGCCACCGUUGCUGAGGUCUGCCUCCGAUGACGCUCUGCUUUCGACCGCUUCAGCUUCGGCUCCUCUCAGUCAAGAUCUCGAUACCGCAGGACGUCAGGCCGAUUGCGGUUCGCCGUUCUACUAUCAUUCCCUGAGGUUCCUCCUGGUGGGCGAUUCAGACGUGGGGAAGAACGAAAUUCUAGAGAAGUUUCAGAAUCAUCGUUUACCGCUCGUUAACCAAAAAGAAGUCGAAUUCAAAACAGCCCUCAUCCUGCUCGACGGCAAGCAAGUCAAGCUGCAGCUAUGGGACACGUCGGGCCAGGGUCGGUUCUCGACUAUAAUCCAAAGUUAUUCCCGGGGUGCUGACGGGAUAAUUCUCGUGUUCGACAUCACCAAUAGAUGGUCUUUCGAGUCCAUCGGCAAGUGGCUCAAAGAAGUUGACGAGUACGCGUCUGGUGUACCUAGAGUACUCGUCGGUAAUCGACUUCACCUCGAAUUCAGACGAGAGGUACCGAAGAACGCUGCUGCGCAAUACGCCGCGAAACACCGCAUGUCUUACCUCGAAGUGAGUUCACUCGCGGAUUACAACAUCACUGAAACCUUUGUGGACCUCAGCCGUCAAGUUCUGAACAGGAUUCGCUUGCACUCAUGGCACGAGAGUCGAGUGCUGAGUCUUCAAGAACUGUGUUGCCGCACGAUCGUACAGCGGACCACGUCAUACUCAAUCGAGCGAUUGCCGCUUCCGACGAGUGUUAAAUCAAACCUGAAGUCGUACUCGCUUAAUCCUUACCUUUCAUCGGUGGUCAAUUGCUGUGCACACAAGCAGCACAAAUGUUGUUUGAAUCUUCAUUCGAAAAAAGGGCGAAGAUCCAGUAGCCCUCACAAUCUCCUAGAGACCAUACCUACGCUUAGACACGACAAGAAAUGCACGAUAAGUUAGAAUACGAAAGCUUCUUGGACAAAUGAUUUAGCUCUUUUUCAAACAAUGUAAGUUAAAUUGACUUUGCCACGGAGUAUGACCCACGAUAAUGAGUCGGCCGUGUCUCGGGGGCGAUUUCGGCCAUUGUUCGACCAGAGAGUCGCUCUUUGCACACAGUAACCCCAAACUACGGAGUUGGCCAAAAUAUUCGGAUUUUGUCAUCGAUAAGCGAGACAUUGUGACAUUGAAGCACGCACGGAUUUCGGAGGGGAAGGGUCGCGGGCUAGCAGAUCGUGCUGGAUGGAUUUCGGACGAUGUUCUCACAAGACAUUCAUCGGGAGGCCCGAUAUGCUGACAUUGGAAUUGAUGUACGCACCAAGGAAACUGCACAAAUGACUUGACGCGAGAGUGCUUGCAGUGAGUGAAUUUUCAGAAUUGAAAAAUAUGUACUUCAGGGAUCCAAACUGAUUGAUUCGAUAGGCUUGAGUGGAAUAUUCGAUCUACGACAGAAGACCGGUCGAUUCUCGCUCUUCGUUCUUACUAUUUGGCUUGAAAAAAGACAGAUGCACACGGGACCAUGGGAAUCCGAAUUGAGAUUGUGACUAUGGAUGAUUUGGUGGAAUCUGACGGAGCCCGUUGAGAGGUUCUUGUGACUCAUGUAGGAGAUUUUCUGCGUAUAUAGUUGUAAACAUGUAAAAACCGGUAUCGAGAUGUACAAACAUUCUUACCGUCGAUGCGAAUAAAAUGCCUCGAUCUGUGGAACAA